AUUGUAAAAUUUUUUUCUAUUCUUUCAAUUUUGUGAUUCUCAAUUAUUACAUUGGCGUUGGCGUUUAUUCUUAAGAUCGGGGAGGCCAAAUAAAUCUCAGCAAGAGCUGGGAAGUAAUUUAUUAAAAAAACAAAAACCAUAGUUAAAGUAAAUAUUUGUCCAAGACUUGUUUUGGGCAGAUGUGUACAUAAAACAUGAGUUUACCAAAUGCGAAAACAUCAAAAAAUGAUUAUCUGCGACAAGCAUUGGGCAUUCUGCUGAAACAGAAGAAUUAUGUAAGCAAUGAAAGGUUUCGCCGAUCUGAUUUUCUCCUGAUGCAGAGUAAAAAUCAAUUUGUCGUUAACAAAAUGCUAGACGCGGACUUGCAUGGUGGGAACACCUUCACAUACUCCAAUGUCCAGGUGAUCACCAACAAUCAACACACAGUGGAUCAGCAAUUUGGUCGUUUCUCGCAGUUUGUGGAGGCUCAGCCAGAAGCAUUAAGGAACGAAAUGAAGCGUUUUUAUGCUCCAAUGUUGUGCCAUUUGUACUUGGAGCUGCUUAAGGCUCGAGAGCCAAAAGGGGCUGUGGAUUUUCUUAAGAAAUAUGUGCACUUGGUGGCUCCCGUUGACUUGUACGAUGCCCCUUUGCCUACCAAGAUUAAUGGAUGCUCAGCCCCCGAUUUGGCCUGUCAAAUACGAUUUGCGCGCGAAGCUCAGGAUACGGGAGAUGCGGAAUUGGAAUAUUUUAUGAAGCUAGUACAGAUAUUGAGCGGCUGCACAAAACUGGAGAUGGCAGAGGCGGAUGCUACAGUUGCACAUUUUCGGGCUUCGAAAUAUGAGAUGCAUACAACGUCCCAGGUGGUGGACACAAUGUGUGCAUAUCUGCAAAGGCGUGGACAUGUGCUCAUAAUGAAUCUGAUAUACACCUGGUUGCAUGUACAAAUCGUAGACAACGAGCAGCGGGCGUUUAGUGAAGAUCACUUGCUUGGAUUAGAAGGCGCGGACGAGGAAGACGCAUUAGACGGGGAUGACGAUGGUGGUGGUGCAGAAGGCACUACUGCAAUGUUAAGUAAUAUCCAAAGUCGCGGCAGAUCAAGUCAAGAUCAAAAGAACAGCAAAAAGCGUUCUGCCGAAGAAUCUAUUGUCAAAUUGGAGGCUGAUAUAAAGACAGAGGUUGCUGAGGAUGAAAUGAAACCAGGAAUCGGUGCGCCAGUUCCACCAUCAAGAGCCAAUAUAGAAGACUGCCUAUUAACGUUAAGAGCCACCACAAAUCAAGUACUCAAAACUCAAGUUGAACUUCCGCGUUUCUUAAAAAUCAGUGAUCGGUCACGAGGACUGACCACAGCCCAUGUGGAUGGCAAUGAAUGUCAUAUGUUGGCUGGCUUUGAAAAUUCCGCCCUGCAAUUGUGGCAACUGAAUGAGCAUAGUUGCCGGGGCAAAAGUUUUUAUCGUCUUCACCAGCAAUCCGAAUGUUCUUGGGAGCUCAACAAUUGUACUGGGCAACCGGAAGAGGAUUUGGUUGAUGUCAGUUCCACUAAAUACAGUGAGGAAGAUCGCCGGGACUAUUGCAAAGCGGAGCGAAGUAAAUUUGCCGAGAAUUCCUAUAAUGAGUUCGGAGGUUUGCUGUUACGUGGACACACCCGUGGUGUUACCAAUGCUCGUUUCUCUGCCCACUAUCCGCUAUUUUAUAGUGUAUCCAAGGAUUCCACUUUGCGUUGUUGGCGUGCUCAUAAUCUUCAAUGUGCGGCCAUCUAUCGCAGUCACAACUAUCCCAUAUGGUGCAUGGAUGAGAGUCCUGUUGGUCAGUAUGUGGUAACUGGAUCAAAAGAUCUAACUGCUCGUCUGUGGUCAUUAGAACGAGAGCAUGCUCUAAUUAUUUAUGCGGGUCACACUCAGGAUGUGGAGAGCAUUGCUUUCCAUCCCAAUGGCAAUUAUAUAGCCACUGGAUCGGCUGAUCAUUCGGUGCGUCUGUGGUGUGCCACAAGCGGAAAACUUAUGCGUAUCUUUUCCGAUUGUCGUCAAGCAGUGACAAAUUUAGCAUUUAGUCCUGAUGGCAAAAUGCUUGCUGCUGCUGGUGAGGAACCCAAAGUGCGCAUCUUUGAUUUGGCAGCUGGUAUACAGCUGGCCGAGCUCAAAGAUCAUUCCGCCAGUGUCAGUUCGUUAGCAUGGAAUCUACACAAUCAACAUUUGGCCACAGUCUGCACUGAUGGCAGCCUACGAUUGUGGGAUAUUAAAAAAUUGACGGCAUUGGGCGACAACAGCUCAUCUUCAUCAACAUCAUAUUCAUCAUCGUCCUCCGCCACAACGAAUCGUCUCCUAAGUAUGAAUAGUUCCUGCCAACGUUUGGUCAAUGCGUUCUAUGGACGAAGUCGAACGCUCUAUUGCAUUGGCACGUAAAACAAAUAGGAAGAUGAUAAUUAGAUCGUUUUGUUUGAAAAUAAUUUAUUCGCAUUAAGUCUGUGUGUAAUAUAUAAUAUAUUAUUAAUUACUGUUACUAUCAAUUGAAA